AUUUUGAUCCAAAUAGUGCAAGCCUUGGCACUUAUUCUUCCUCUCUUUCAAGUUUCUGUCUCUAUUCCCAAACAGCUCUAGCCAUCAAGAUGACUGAAGAAAAAAAACCAACUCCGAAAUUAAAUGAGAGGAUUCUUUCAUCUUUGUCAAGGAAAUCAGUUGCUGCACAUCCUUGGCAUGAUCUUGAAAUUGGACCAUCAGCUCCCCAAAUUUUCAAUGUUGUUGUUGAGAUAUCACAGGGAAGCAAAGUCAAAUAUGAACUUGACAAGAAAACAGGAUUAAUUAAGGUUGAUCGGAUUUUGUACUCGUCAGUGGUCUAUCCUCAUAACUAUGGUUUCAUCCCUCGCACCUUGUGUGAAGACAAUGAUCCACUGGAUGUCUUAGUUCUCAUGCAGGAACCUGUUAUUCCGGGUGCAUUUCUGCGUGCCAAAGCCAUUGGACUAAUGCCCAUGAUUGACCAGGGAGAGAAAGAUGAUAAGAUCAUUGCAGUAUGUGCUGAUGAUCCAGCCUAUAAUCAUUACAGUGACAUCGGAGAGCUUCCUCCUCAUCGCCUCACUGAGAUUCGUCGCUUCUUUGAAGACUACAAGAAGAAUGAACACAAAGAGGUUGCAGUGGACGAGUUUUUGCCUUGCUCAACUGCCGCGGAAGCUAUUCAGUACUCGAUGGAUCUUUAUGCCGAGUACAUAAUGCUCACCUUAAGGCGGUAAACUUAUAUAUAGGCUACAAUACUCCACUCAUUACAAUAAGUCAUUUCAUUGAUGAUGAUUGCGGAAGAGUCCCCACAGAACUUCAAGUUUUGCUAGCUUAUUUGUAUUUCGGACUGUGGUUGAUACUUGCUUGGUUGAUAAGUGAUGACAUGAGUACUAGAAAAUGUUGGUAACAUCAGAUGUUUAAACUAGAUUGUGUUAUUAAUUAUUCACAAUCUUGCUAUUUGAAGCAAUACAGAAUUUUUUUGAGAACAAUUAAACCAC